UGUAGACCCAACAAGCACUUAAUGGUACUGAAGCAAGUCCUCAACGUCAACAUAAGCAUUGCCCGAAUUAUAUUUUGAUUACCAAAAACAACAUUAAAAAAAACAUGGUCGUCCAAGAAAGCAGGACCGCAUCCGGCGAAGGCUUCGCCACGAAGCGUUUCCUUCUCAAUAGUGAGAUGAUGACGCAAGUCUUAGAUAAGGACUUCGCUACAGCGGCUGAUGAGGGAGGCUUAUUCGGGAUGACCGGACCCGAAUUGUUCAAGAUGUCCUUAGACCUUGGAGCGAUGUAUAUUUAUGGCGCCACGUCCAGGGGUUGUAUUCCCUUGUACUCGUUACAUCAGAAACUAAAUAGUACACGUACACCACGAGGUUACAGAAACUACAAAUACACCGACCAUCGACCUAUAUAUUGGACCAUCGACCUCAUGCCAGGCACAUCAAUCAAUCAAUCAAUCAAUCAAUCAAUCACCACGAGGACCACGGGUAUUGACUUGUUGUUACAGAAAAUAUUACUUGAUAUUACACCGUCGUGGGGAGUUGACUUUCUUAAAGCAAAAUGCACCAGCAGGGGAAAUGAUUUAAGUAGUUCCGAAAAUUGCUCUUUAGACUGUUGUAAAGACUUUAUUCGUAGUGAUAGUUCUGUCUGCUCCCUUCGUCAUGAUGUAAUUGUACAUGAAGGAGCCUCUUGGCAGGUGUAUGAGGCUUCCUCUCCUUAACUUCUUCAACUAAGAAUAAGGAGAGGAGGCCUCAUAGACCUGCCAAGAGGCUCCUUCAUGUACAUCCCCCACAAUGAAAAAGUACAGUCAUUCUAUUCGGUGAGUGAUCUUAUACCUUCACAGCACUUCUCUAAUCUCUCCCCUUUGUCGUUUUCCUCGCACCGGCUACAGUUUUCUACCCUGCAUACAUCAAUUCCACCGGACAGCACACGCACAAGAUUGAUAUGCCGCCAUUGCCACUAUCGUCGCAGACGUUGCAGUCUUUUGUCUGGCUGCUUUUCGGUCUUCAGAUCAAGGAUCGAGUUGUGAUCGUGCCUAAUUUAUGCUGAUGAUGCAGCUCCACCUCCACAUUGUAAGUAUAAAUAUGUAUUGUUUUCCCUUGUGAUCGGUUUCAGGUUAAGUACCAAAUACCGGGGACAUUCAAGGAAGUCCUCCUGAAAUAGAAUACCAUGUCGAGGAAACCUCUAACUAACGGAGUCGGGUUGAUCCUGGGCAUUUUCUACAUGGCCUUGUAUCCCAGAUGGAUGGACACGAGUAAAGCAGCGCAGUACCGAGUACAGCUGUGUGUACUUUUUAUGGAUCAUGGAAGAUCAUUAGUACUGUACUAGUAGUUGUAUUUUCAUAAAUGUUCAACCUUCCCUUCGUUCUAGAAGUGGUAAGGUCAUUCAAUCAAGGACUACAACUACUAGACUCUAAUCCUUGCGUCGUAACUGUCUUAGCGAUUUUCCUGCGUGAGGAGGUUGAGCUGUUAGGAUACAUCGGUUGCGUCGUUGGAAUAGCACUGCUCGCCUCACCGCUCGUGGUGAUCAGGGAGGUACUUCUAUGUGUCACUGUCAUCCGCUUAUCAUUCUUAAAAUACUAACUUUGGAGGAGUCCUCCUCCUCCACAAGUGAAAAUACUUGUUAAACGAGGAGAACGAUGUGUGUGUGUGUGUGUGUGUCUCUGUCAUCUGAUUCUCAUUAAAAUAGAAGCAAAGGAUUUUUGAGCACUCACGACUCCAUCUCUCUCUCAACCAUCUUCAGGAAGUUCUUCAAGUUUCUACCAUCAAGAAGUUCUUCAAGUUUCUUCUUCUUUGUUGUACGACAAUCACAACUUCCCUCACUAGGACUACACUAUGACUAUGAUCAUCCCCAGCUGCACAAGAACACUUCGAUAUCUACAACUAUCGAGAAGGUUAUUCUCUGUACAACUACAACUUCAUCCCUUAUAAUUGAUUAUAAAAGUACUUAGUAUAACCUCUUACAUUACUACGCACCACUUAGACUUAGUAUCUAUAGUGGUAGUACUAACCUAUAAUUUGGUUGUAAGUAGUUGUAGUAGCAACUAGUUACUACUUCCCACAUACUCACAGCACUUCUAUGAUCUAGAACACUUCUAUGAUCUAGAACACUUCUAUGAUCAUCUAGAACACUUCUAUGAUCAUCUAGAACACUUCUAUGAUCAUCUAGCACACUUCUAUGAAGAUCAACCUCCAGGUGUUCGCCACCUACUUAUUAAAUACUCACAGCACUCCUAUGAUCAACCUCCAGGUGUUCGCCACCUACUUAUUAAAUACUCACAGCACUCCUAUGAUCAACCUCCAGGUGUUCGCCACCUACUUAUUUUUAAGUACUCACUAGAAAACUUCUAUGAUCAUCUAGAACUGUUCUAGAUGAUCAUCUAGAACACUUCUAGUUCUAUGAUCUAGAACUGUUCUAGAUGAUCAAUCUCCAGGAGUAACAGAACACUCUUAUGAUCAUCUAGAAGUAACGCCUUCUCUAUGAUCUAGAAGUAUUAACACACUGCUCUAUGAUCCAGGUGUUCGCCACCGGCAACGUUUCCCUGAUGGGCAGUGUUUGGAUGAAUCUUUGCACGCUGAUCUGCAGUAUCAUUUGGACGAUAGAAGGCGUCGUGUAUUUGAAGCAGAGAACUAUCUCAGUCCAAAAUGGUUGCGGCGUUGUGGCGAAUAUUCUGGCUCUGGCUACGAGAUUCUACUUCGUCUCGGCAGGCUCUGGCUCUGGCCUACGGGAGGAACAAGGUGACUCACGACCCUUAACUAGUAGUACCCAUCAUCUUUCUGGAUGUAAUAAUCUUCAUGGAGACGACGAUCAUAGUGCUAGAACUAUUACUUCUUCCACUAGAGAAGUGGAAGCUCUGGAAGAAGAUCUAAGUAGUACGACUGUCGAAGAAAAGAGAAGACUAUUGAUCUAUAGUACAUCAUCUCCUGAAGAUUAUUGUUCUACAACAGCGUCAACGACUGCUAGUAGUGAUGUUGAGAGACAUCUAGAUCUCUCGGGUGUGUCACAGCAUCUAGAGGCGGAAAAUGAUAGUUGUCCGUCAUCAGGGGGUCGCGGACCUAGGAGGUCUUCCUAUGGUGCAGCAAUGAGAAACUCUACGUCUACGCUGUGAUUUUCUUGUGGAAGUGAGGAUUUUUAUUUUGUUGUAGUGGUGUUGAGAUCGUAAACGUUUUCGUUUUUCAUCUGGUCGUAGAAGCAGUAUCGAUUUAGUACCAUGUGGGGGGGGGGACGGGGAGGGUGGUAUCAUCUUAUGCAAAGGGGCGGGUGCAGGGGGUGCAGCACUCCGAGUGAAUCAAGCAUCACUAUUCUUUUCUCACGCGGCUCAAGACAGAUCAUCUUCAACGUCUUGUUCAAGUGCUUAAGUUAAUAUAAGUCGUGAAAUUCUAGACAGAAUCGUGAGUUUUUUUUCAUCUACAAACUAACACGCGAAAUAUACCGACGAAGUCGAUGUCGAAUAGAGAAACACUAUCUAAUCAUACACGAUGUCAACACGCAUCCUCACGCGCACUUUUUUUUCCGUAGUUCUACGCUGAUAGCACGACCUCAUGAUGAACACUGUAAGAUUAAGGAGCAUGAUAGGAGACUUGCGCAUCAUCACAAAGAAUUUUGACAACUUCCUAUGUAUUAGGUGAAAGAAUGAGUGUCAUCUUGUAUAGAAGCAGGUCCUCCAUCGCGCACGGGCACGACAGCAUCAAAAUGGGUUUUUGCUCCUGUUCGAGUUUUGAACGGCAUCCUCAAGCACCAGCAGUUGUAUCCUUAUCUGGGAAAAUCUCGGAGCGUUCUUGUGUUCUGGCUACCAGCUCUGAUGGCGUAUCUCUGCAUCUCGUUUCAGCUUUUCAAGUCCCGAAAUCUGCCUUCCUCAUUUAGUAAUCCAAAUGGAAAUUAUGCUUCAUCAAGGUCAAGGUCAUCUACUUCAAUACCGAGUGGAUUUUGUCUUCGAUUCACAUCUAGAAAUAACAAAUUAAAAUUCUUGACCAGUAGUUCUACGUCAUCAACUCCUGCAAAGACAUCAAGUGAUCUAAAUGUUCCUGAUGAAGUCUUUUCGUGCAGCACAGUAGGUGGAGGUGGAGAACGAAAUUCCAUACCACCAAUAUGGAAUGUACUAUAUGGAUCAUGAUGGUCGUGGAAUAACAAAUUAUUCAACUCGAUGUUGUGGAAUCCCCUGGCAAGUGUCGUUGUCGACUGGUGAAUGUGAAAAAUCUGAUUUUAUAAAUAUUCAUGUUGCACCAGAUGCAGAUGCAGCUCGCUCCUGUGACGAGGACUUUUCCCUUCCUCUCUCGUUUCCGCACUAAGAAGUCGUGAACAACACGCGAGCUUUCGUUUGUUCUGAUGCGUCUUAGUCAGCUCUUUCUUGGUGGAUUUCGAUUUUCUUCAACAUGGAACUUGAUCAUAAUCAUUAUAGCCACAUCUGCACAACGAUCG